CUGCCUUACAUAAAUUUUGAGUCCAAGAAAAACCUAUAUGCACAUUUAGGUAAUAAUCAUCCAUCAACAUCACCAAACGUAUAUAGCAACAGACUAACAGGUGUCUAUAAAUCAGCGCGAAUAUCUUAUUCAAGUCCGUCCUGGCAACUGUUGAUGCAACAUCCCAAGGAAAACAGAUCAGCACCGCCGAAUACAAAUUUAAUUCGAGAAAUGCACCCCCUCACCCCUCGCAUCAAACACUCAAUCCAGCGUGUGUGUGUGUGAGAGACUGUGUGUGUCACCAUGUCGCGUGCGUUCCACCCCGUGACGUCACGCUCUCCGACCAAUAGGGAGCUUUAGACGGAGGGCGCGCAUCGCCCCGAUUGGCCGACCGCGUCACCAUGGAGUUCAACCCCCGCCCUCUCGCACAGUGCCUCUCUGUCCAUUUCAACCCCCGAGUUUUUCGUUGCCACCCCAAAGUUGGCCGGUUAUUGAAUUAGGCUUAUCAUUUGAUUUCGCACAAGCAGACAGUCGUGUCCGCUUCGAACCGCCACUGUCUGUACGUUAUUCUAACUCUUAAAAAACCGGGGAAUUCCGUAAUCUUUAUAAUUUAAUAUCGGACUUUUUGAUUCGAUUAUAAACGCGCCGACGAAGUUUCGUUCCCCUAAGCCCCAAAUUUACGUCGUCUUCACAAACACCUUCGCCUAAUCGAAUAAGUAGUUUUUCGAGGAGAUUUUUUUCGUUGGUCCUUCGACAUGGAUUAUUCGUACCUCAAUCAGGCGACGGCCUUCGAUUCUAGCUGCCUUCAGGCGUCCGCGAUGGACCCUUCGGGUUUGGGCAACAUGCCGUGUUCUUAUGGCGAUCUGACUUCUUGUAGCCAAAUGUCCCAGGCCGCGUAUCGAUAUACAGCUGCAGCGGCUUCGAUGGCUAGAAGUUACAACCCCGGCGGAUCUGCAGGUGCCAUGGGGGUGCAUCAUCCGUCGGCUGGGUCCCAGUGCGCUGUUAUGGGAGCCAGACCCCACGUGCAGGACGUCCACAGGGCUUCGAUGUUCCCUGCUACUAUGAAUCUGCAAGGUGGUUUACCCUACAAAGUAUAUCCUGGUCACGAUGGAGUCUUAACGGAAAAAAGGAAACAGAGACGUAUCAGAACCACCUUCACAUCUGCUCAGCUGAAGGAACUCGAAAGAGCAUUCCAAGAAACACAUUAUCCAGACAUUUACACAAGAGAAGAGAUAGCAAUGAAAAUCGAUCUCACCGAAGCUAGAGUCCAGGUUUGGUUCCAAAACAGACGUGCCAAAUUCAGGAAGCAAGAGAGGCUGGCCCAGCAGAAAACUACCACCGGUUCCAGUGAAAAUUCAAGUCCUUCCUCGAAUUCUAUCAAAGCGGAAAAUAACUCCAACUCGAAAAAUCCGAAUAACCUGAACAAUUCAAAAGAUAUCAAACCAGGAUCUCCUCAUUCUGGUAUGUCAACGACGCCUAAUUCCAACACUAGCUCCAUUUCUAGCCAGAAUUCAACGAAUGGCGUGGAUAUCAAGCCCAUAAACGGAAACGGUAAACUCUCAGACGAUUUGCUUUCGAACAACAACAAAUGGUCGUCAAUGACGUCGCAAUCCUGCAACACAGCCCUCUUGGUUCAUCAAGCAAACAAAGUGUUGUCUUCUCAAAGUGGUCACCUUCAGUCCCACCAUGGGAGUCACCACGCUGCAGCUGCUGCAGCAGCAGCUCUGUCCUCGCCAUUCACAUCUUUGCUUGGAGCAGGCGGUGGUGCUGCUUCAUAUCUUCUGAGUGAUCAUUUGAAGGCGACCCCAACAGCGAAUCAUUUGUUUUAAGAUUGUAGAUUGUGCUACAUCAAUUUUUAUGGAGUAUUCAUAUGGGCCAGAGAUUGAGAAUGUCUGAAAAUGUCAAAUGGAUAAACAGGGUGUCCAGAGUCUAAUUUUUGUCUUAGAAUCAAUAUUAUAUUCCUUCCACCUCAACCAUAUUUGUUCUUCAACUUCAACUUGAGACGGAGCUAUUGAAGGGAUACAUUUCUGGAACUGGAUUUCUCCAAACUUCCAAAUAUCUUUCAAAAAGGUAUCACAUAUAUAUGUGAUAUGUAUUAGAGAAAUUCUGGUUUGUGUUGUUUUAAUCAAUUAGAGGAAUGAACACAGCUGGUUUUUUCGUUGAAGUUGAAAUCACCCUGUAUGUUAAAUUGAAAAAAUUCACUGGCCAACUACCAAUAUCUUUCAAGAAGUGGUAAUUUCGAAAAUUGAAAUUAUGUGUUUGUACAAAGAUUUUACUGUAAACCCUAAAGUUAUGGAUUUUUUCUGUAUCACUGUACAUAUGUGAAUAGAUCAAAAUUCACCUACUAAUUAAAUGGAGUCGUUUAUAAAAUUCUAUAAUUCGUAGAAAAAGAAAGGAGGAAAAGUAUGUAUCCGUCUUUCGUAAUCUCUGAAAUCUUAGUUAUAUAUUUACCAAUGAAUGUUUUGUCAAAAUGUUAUAUCUCCAAUGAGGAUUUUUUCAAAUUUGGUGCAAUUAUUUCAAAUAUCAGUAUAUGAAUGUAUAGAGGAAACCUGAAAAGAUUUUUCAUCGAUUAUUUAUUUUAUCCUAACGCAAAUCUUUGUACAAAUUAAGAAUAGAUAUUGUACUAGGAUAAAGUAUUUAUGUUUAAUCAUUUUCAUUCGUUUGAUAUUCCACUCUAUAGAAGCAUGAAUAUUUUGUCAAUUGAAAAAUUCCAACUCACUUCUUUCUUUCAUAUUCAAUUAUAAACAUCCGUUCUAAAAAGUAUACCGAAAGUUGUAAAUAUUGUUGUAAAUAGUAACAAGUAGAUAGCUGAUGAAGUAUAUAGUCGUUUAUAUGAUAAUUGCCAUAAUUACAAUAAUGUGAUGCAUUCUAGUCCAAACAAUGUGAAAUGUUAUUGAAAUCGAGUGAUCAAAAACAUUAAA